AACUAGAAAAACAACCACCAUCACCAAGAAUCAAAGAAGAAUGGCAAUUAACUUGUAAACAUUGUUACCAAGAUUAUCAUCAAGAAUGUCCAUAUUAUAACCUUCUUGAAGCACAACGUACCCAAUCAUGUGGAUGCAACCAGAAAAAAGUGAUGAAUGAAAGAAUCUACCAAUGGGAAAUACUUGGAAAUAAAUCAUACCAAGAAAAAAAUGAUUACUUCACGUUAAAUAACUUUGAAGUAAUUAAUCCCGAUAAUGUAAAAAAAUACUAUGAUGCAAUAUUACUUUGCAAAACAUGUUACCAUACCCAAUUCGAAGAACUAGAAAUUAAUGACCCAAAAGCUGAAGAAUAUUAUAAAAAGGAAGAAAUCAAUAAAUUAACCAAAUACAACUUCUGUUGCAAACCAAUUAGAAAAAGACAAG